GAGUGCUCCUUUGGGGCUCCCGGCGUGGACGGAGCCGCUUCUCGCUUCCUCCUCGGACCGGCCGGCGUUCACCGGCCCCACACCUUUCCUUCGGCGGGUCUGGUUCUCCCGAGAGUGCCGCCUGCCGCUGCUUUUAGCCGGGUCUUAGAGGACUCCUUUCUCCGGAGCGGCUGGGUGGGACUGUCCCACAUCCCAGCCCGUGUAUGACCCGCGGGCGGAGGCGAGCAUCUGAGCAGGGCUCGGGAAGAUGAAGCGGCUCGCCUGGGCUCUAAAAGAAGGCAGCCGAAUCAUUGUUCCAGCUGGCUCUGCGGUUCUUCCUCGGCGCUCCUUUCGGAGGUGCGUGGGUGGAAAUUCGGAUUUUCACUCAAGCAUAAGGUAUUUUUCCAAAACUGACCUGAAUUCACUCUGCUAGCCUAUACGUGAUUGGUUCCUUUCAAGAUAUUCUGCCCUCACUUGAAGUCACAGUGGACAAACAAUGGCAGACACUGGGGAGGGGAAAAAAGAAGAAGCAGAUUAUAAGAGACUUCACAGCUUCCCACUGAUUAGGCACUCAGACAUGCCGGAAGAAAUGCGAGUUGAGGCCAUGGAAUUGUGUGUUACUGCAUGUGAAAAAUAUGCCACCAACAAUGAGAGCGCUGCCAAGAUGAUCAAAGAGACAAUGGACAAGAAAUUUGGAUCUUCGUGGCAUGUAGUGAUUGGGGAAGGGUUCGGCUUCGAAAUCACCCAUGAAGUGAAGAAUUUGCUCUACAUGUUCUUUGGAGGCAGUCUAGCAGUUUGUGUUUGGAAAUGCUCCUGACACAUUUUUCGCUACUGAAACUCAUCCAAACAGGAUACUUUCCCCGCCAGACUUUAAUUGGUUUUUGUACAAUUUAAAGGGCAGCUUUAUUUUUAAUAACAAAUAUUGGGCUUUUUCUUAUUUAUAUGCAAGGUUUAUGAAAUAUAUUUAGUGUGUAUCUGUAAAUCUGUUUGAGCUACCUAAUCCAGCUCACAAGUGUUUUUAUUCUGAUUUUACCAAUGUGUCUUGCUUAGAGGUGGGAUUGUGCAAGAGCGAUUGGGGUUAUGAAGCCAUACAUUGGAGGUAGUGUGAGAAUUUUAACCUAAGUUUGCUGCUACUUCUCGCUAUCCUUCCCGCUUUCUGAGAGCAGACCCAAAAAGGCAGCUUUGUUUUGCCUGGAUGGCAGCUGCAUGGUUGGGAAACCUAAAUCAGUGGAUGGUUGCUGAAAUGAUUUUGCCUCGCCACCUCACUACACCUAAAGAGCACUGAUAUAAUUUGUGGAGCAUAUGGUGCAGAAAUAGAGAUAUUUUGCCUAGCAUGGGGACGGGGUGGGAGUAUUAUACCACAGUAUGUUCAGAAACUGGUAAUGGAAAGAAUGGACCUGACCUGCCAGUUUCUUAUACUAUUAAGUACAAUUGUACUUCCAUUUUGUAGGCUGAUGCCAUCACAGAGGUGUUUGAUUAAUGGAAUGAUCCUAAUUGUAUUUUCUAUAUCCCUUAUUAGAAUUUGGAAUGGAAAGGGGAUUUACUUUUUGCAAUAAAAACUUUUUUAAAUGCAUGGCUCCUAUCCGAGAUAUUUUCCUAGAAUUUUGGGCAUGCCCAGAAAUGGUGGGAGACCUGUAUGUACCAGAUUUCCAAUAGGAUGCAGAGAUCCUACUUACAAUAGGACUGAAUGCAAUGUUAUCUUUCAGUUAAUGCUUAUGCCACCACAUAGUUUACUUCUGCCAUAAACCUAAAAAAAAAAGUUAAAAGCCAAAUCAAAUACUGUUAACUCUUGAGGCAUUGAGCCUCUGGCUUUCAUCUUGAGAACAAUGAGCCGGAUCGUAUUUCUUAAUUCUUAGUUGAUGGGCAAUCCCAAGAUGUGCUUUGGUUAUUGUGUCCCAAAGGUGCAAAAUGCACUCAUCAUCUUCAAACCUCUGGUUAGCCAUACCAUACCAUAAAAUGGUGCUUAACUAUUAUAGAAUUAUUCCACUAAAAUUUGAUUUAUCACACAAAUGAUUUAUCCCUUCAGGGG